AUGAAUUCAGAUAUAUUAUAUAAUCCAUACUAGUCUACUGCAUAUUAUUUCCCACAGUUUCCAAACUAUUAAUAGCAAUUCAUUCAAUAUAGUAACUAAUAGUUUAAAUUAGCUCAAAGUGAUAUUUUAAUAACAGAAUGUUCCGAUGCAAUUUCCAUAAUUGAAAUAUGAUUGGAGAGUCUAACCAACAAAUAUCUAAAUGAAUUAUCAAUAUGAUAUUCCUGAAAUAAAGAAUACAAACUAAAAUAAUCAUAUAACUGAAGUAGAGUUAGGAAAUUCAGAAAAAUACUAAUUAGGAGAAGAAGACUCUUAAACAAAAUAAAAUGGUAAAAAUUGUUAUAUUUUUAAGGUCAUUGGACUCAAUAAGAGCAUUUAUAGUAUUUGGAAUUUGUAAAGAGUCAUGAAUCCAUCUUAAAAUCAAAAUAUGACAAAAAAUCUAAGAAAAUAUUCAAACUCAUGAGUUAAUUCAUACCCACAAGAACAGCUACUUAAUGUAGGUCACAUCAUUAAAAGUUUAAUCCUUUAAAUAAAGGAAAGAAGAAAUUAAAAAAAGUAUUUCGAUAGAUUCCAACAGUGAUUCUUCCAUAAAAUUAAAGUUGA